AUGUCCGACUUCUCGCUCUUCAGCCUUUUCACGGCCGGCCUGGCCUGCAUGGUGCCAUUCGCCGCUGCAUACACCCAGCCAGUGGGCGCCGAGCCCAAGGGUAACCCCAUCUCUCAGCCUGGCCUGAACUCUCUCGUGCCAGCUGGCGAGGGCUUCACCAUCACCUGGAAGCCCACGACUGAGGGCCCCGUCACCCUUAUUCUUCUCAAGGGACCUGCCACCAACUUGAAGUUGGAGAGCGUCAUCGUUGAGGGCACCGAGAACGACGGCAGCUACACCUGGACUCCAUCCACCAGCCUCGAGCCCACCGCUGACGCCACCGGAUACGGCAUCCAGCUCAUCGUCGACUCCGGCGCCGAGAAGGGACAGUACCAGUACACUACCCAGUUCGGCAUUUCCAACCCCGAGUACAAGGAGUCCUCUUCGUCUUCGUCUUCGUCCUCGUCCGCCGCACCUUCCAGCUCUGCCGCAUCUGCUCCUUCUUACGGUCACAGCUCCGCCGCAUCUGCUCCCUCGUACGGCCACGCUUCUUCCACCUCCGAGGCCCUCAAGACUGCCACCGCAUCCGGCGAGCCAUCUUUCUACACCGCUCCUUCCGUCAUGUACCCAACUGCUUCUGCCAACCAAACCGUCAUGCCAACUGGUGGACAUGCCAAGCCCACCGGCUGGACCACCAAGAACUCCACCGUCGUCGCACCCACUGGCUACCUCCCAUCCACCACCCUCAAGACCACCGGUGGUGCUUCUGCCUCUGCUCCUACCGAGUCCGUACCAGUCUCCACUGGUGCUGCCUCUACCAUGACCACCAGCUUCUUCGGCCUCGCCCUUGCUGCUGGUGUCGCUGUCCUCGCCUACUAG